GUGUCUGUGUACACAGAGCUAGAAACUACAUAAUUAUAUGUAGGUGGAUUGGAUAUAUAAUAAACCAUUUUGGAACAUACAUAAAAUUUUAAUCAAUUGAAUUGGAUUGAUGUCGGAGCACGAGUAAAUGUAUCUUGUGAGAAUUUAUAAUUUAUUUUAAUUUUAUUUAUUUAUUUAUUUGUGUAUUGUGAUUGCAACAUUUGAAUUUCUUUCUGUUGUUCGUCUUCCAAAUUUCAAACUCUUUCGCAUUUUUAACGACACAAAUUUCAUGUGCUAAACCAUACUGUGCUAAAAAAAUCAAUUAGAAAAUUUAUAUAUACGCGCUCAUCGUCAUCGUUAAAUAGCCAUCAAUAAAUCAUCAAUGCAGUUUUUUGCCGGCGCAGUAUAAAACGAUCUGCGACAGUUUGUGAGAACGUCAUUAGCACGGAUUAAUCUAAUCAACUAUGUUAAAUUGUACGGAUUUGGCAUGUGUACUUCAUCAUCAUCAUUUCUAUGCACAUUUACAUCAUUUGAAACAUCAUUUACAAGAUGACAAUGAUAAUACAGCUAUUGGAGAUGGGAGUGACGUAGCAGAUCAAGAUAUUCAAGGAUUGCUGAAUGAUACAGAUUCAGAACUUUCAUCUCUGUCACAUGUUGAUGCUCCCAACGAUGUUAUUUACAUGGUGUGUGGAGUUGUCAUUGCCAUGAUAUUGGUUGGCCUCAUAAUUAUUCUAGUCGCAGUAGCAAUAAGCAAAUUACGUAAACGUGAAGAGUCAUCGAGUCCCGUAUCGGUUGAAGCACCAGAAGUGGUCUCGGCACCCGAACAACAACAUCCUGCCGCCCCAACAGCCUACGGACAAACUCCAGUGUGGGUGUUUCCUCCGCUGCCACCUCAACCAAACAUUAUUCGCACAUGUGGUCAAGAUGCAAUAAUGCAAUACGAGAAAGGUGGACUGAAAGGAGGAUUCAGAAAGCAAUUCAGCGGUCGCUUCAAGCGACUCGUAUCCAGAAGACCAGAACCAGCUCCGGUCAUACCGCCCGAAUUGAAGCCGCAGCUGAAAUCCAUUUAUGUUUACUAAUAACAACAAAAUAAACAAACACCAGCCCCCAAGAAUUAUUAUUUUUUUAAAAAUAAAUUUUCAUCCUAACUUAUAAAACUUAAGAUAAAAUGAAGAAAGAUGAAUGAAGGAAACUAAUCAACAGACAAACGAUCGGAUGAAGAAAAAAAUAUUAAAUUUUCCCGUCCAGUUUAACCAUUUUUUUGUUUUUACGGAAUGGAAAUGGAUGUGGACAGGGAAGUAGUUUCUUGACUUCGCUGAGAGAUGAUUUUCUGCUUAAAAAAAUUGAACGGAAAUCAUGAUGAGAGCUCAUUUUGAACUAUACUGAGAGUAAUAAAUUAAAUGAUUGGGGGUGUGCGGACGAAGACAUUUUUAAGUAUUUUUUAAGGAAGUUUAGUUAAUAAUUUUUUUUUGUAAUUUAAAAAAUUAAGACUGAAAGAAGAAGAAAAAAUAUCCAGAAAAAUGAAUUUUUAAGUUAAAAGUUGAGCGAUUUUUUUAUUUUGAUAAUUAUUUUUUUUCAUUUUCUUUAGUUUUUCAAAUUUGUACAGUUACUUUUUCCAUUUAUAUAAUGACGAAAUGAAUAAAGAAAUCGGAUUUAAUUUUCGGCUGAAAUAUCAAAAGAGUUUUUGCUUUUUGGUUGUUGGUAGCUUUUGUUUAAAAACAAAUUGUUUGACAAAAAAAACGGACACAAAUUCAGUGGAUGAACCGAUGAACAAUUUAUUUGAUUGUCUUUACGAAUUUAUUUUCAGAUAAAAAAGAAAUCGACAAAAAUGACUGUAGUUGGGUCCCAUGGCAACGAAAUUAUUUUCCUGUUUUGUUCCAAUUUCUUAACUUUUUUCAAUUUUUGUGGAAUUUUUGGAAUUUUCUAACAUUUUCCAAACCAAAAAAAAAAAGUUGAGAAAAGUUUGAGAAAACCAGGAAUAAACUGACUUGCAAAUCGACCUCAGAUCGACAAUUCUCUUCAAUAUAAAUCUUAUCAGUCAAAUGAAAGUAAAAAAAAAAACGUUAAGAAACUCCGAGAAAAGCACCAACGAAAUUUUCAACAAAAAAAGAAAAAAAUUCAAAAAGAAAAACUUGAGCUUUCAAAAAAGAAAUCAAAAUAAAAACAACAACGAACAUUGGACUCUGUUAGUGUGUUCUAUGGUGUGAAUUUGAUACGAAAAUACUUUGAUGGUCUCAUGUGUCAUGAAACCACUCAAAAACUUUAUUACAAUAUUACACCAACAUCAUACGUAAUUACGUUUACAGUGUUAACGCAAUUACGUACGACGUUCUGGUGGUAAACUUUUACAGCGUACGUAAUUACGUAUCACAUAAAAUAUCAUAUCAUGCGGAACGUUGUAGUAAGACAGAGAAAUGAAAUUCUAUCCAAAAAUUGAACAGCACUAAACAUGGGGUCAUACAUAAUACAUUUGAGGUUAAAAAUAAAAAUUUAAAAGAAACUAAAGAGUGACGAUGUUUGUAAAUUUUCCAGUUUUCUUUCCAAAAAAAAUAAUUAUUAUCGAAUAAAAAAAGCGAUUGAUUUCACACAAAAAUUAAAAACAAGAAAACGUAUUUAAACAAACGAAAAAUUUAUAAAAAAUAAUUUAAAAUCAAAUGAAUGAAAAAAAAAAACUUUGAAAAUAAACACACACAAAAAAAUCAAAUAAAACAAUUUGACUCUCGCUCACAUUGAGUGAAAAUUUUAUUUUAUUUAAACUUUGCUAAUUAAUGUAAAAUAAAAUGUGAAUGUGUGGAAAAAAAAUGAACCUUGAACACAAACACACGGAUCGAUAAUUUUUUUUGUUUUGUUUAGAAAUUAGAUUGAUAAAAAAAUGAAAUCAAACAAAAACAAUGUUUUGCAAAUAUAAAACAAAAAUAAAUCUGACGUUGAGAUUGGACGCGGAAAUUGUAAGCAAUAUUUAAAAAACAAAGAAAAUCAGCUGAGAAAAAAAAAGUUUUCUGAUCGAAUGCUUAAAAUUUAAAGAAAGAAAAAAUAAAUAAUUUUACAAAAUUGAGAUGCAGUAUUUUAUUUGCAUAAGAAUUUUACCAAACCACAUUAGACGAAGAUUUGAAUUUAAAAAUUUGCAAAAUAAACAAUUUUUUCUGUAAUUUAUUUCCUCUUUUUGUUUAAUUAUUUAUUAGUAACAUUCAAACGUAGCUAAUUUUACACACUUUUUACGUUAAAUAUUAAAUGAGAAAGAACACAAUUACAAUAUUUCUGUUUCUGUUACCGAUUUCCAUUAUUUUUUUUAUUAAGCUUUUUACAUUUUAACUCUAGUUUGACAACAAUUUUUUUUUGUUUUGUUUUCGAUUUGUAAAGAAACAUUUGAAGAACAUUCUCCGAGACAUAAAACAGUAAACAAGAAGAAAAGAAACAUUAAAAAAAAAUGAAAAUAGCUAAACAAAACGCACAUCAAAUACACGACCAAUUUUAUGUAUUUUCUAUCUAUUGUACAUGCAAAUUGUAAAUGAUAUUAGAAUCAU